AUCAACCACGAGCGAUCCACGGAGGAGCUCAAGCUGCUGCUGGAGAGGCGGGACGAGACGGUGGCGGAGCUCCGCCAGAGGCUCGCCACGUUCGAGCUGCUGCUGGGCAGGGCCGCCGCCGGGGCGGCGCCCGGCGGCCCCCCCGCGAUGGCCGCGGACGGACGAGAUCAUGGGCCGCGUGCAGGAACUGGCGGAGGAGCUCCAUGGCGAGAGGGCGAGGGUGUCCGAGCUCACCAGGGAGAACCAGGAGCUCGCCGCGGCCCUGGCCCUGAGGGAGCAGCAGGCCCAGCGCCUGAGCGCCAGCGCCAGCGGCCGUCGAGGGCCCGGGCCCGACGGGGCGCAGGACCCGGACUGCGCGUGGGCUGCCUGUCGACCGGUUCCCAGUGCCACCCCGCCAGUCGGCGGCGGCGCCGGCGACUCGGACAGCGCGCGGAUGGAGCACAUGAGGCGCAGUGCUUCGCAGGCGAAGCAGAGGAUGGAGCAGCUCAUGCUGCUUUACCACGACCAGGUGAAGCUGGACUCUGCCCUGCGGGUGGAACAGGCAGAGAUCGACAUGAAGAUGCAGAAGAAGGACCAGAGGAUCGGCCAGCUCGAGAGGAACCUCCGCGACAUGAGCCGCAAGUACGAGAAGCUCCUGGCCCACCACGCCGAGGCCCUCGUCCUGAGCCGGGGCGACUCCGCGGGCUUCGACCCAGCGGCUGGCGGCGGUGGCGGCCCGCCCUGA